GGGAGGGGGACACGAAACCCGGAAACAUGAUGUCGAGUCACCGCUGACUGGUGUUGGCGACCCGCAGCCUAGUGAGCUGAAAUGACGCUAAACAACUGGAGAAAUUGUGACUGAUUACACGCAUUUUUCAGUUACUGUGUCGUUUUAAAAAACGUUGCCGGCCGGGCCUUUGCCAAAAUGAUGGAAGAAAUGGACAGAUUUCAAGUACCCCCGGUCAACUCAGAGACGCAACCGCUGGACCCAUCUGCGACGUCUGGAUCAGAGACUAACUCAGACCCGAGGGAGACAGAGUCUGUGGCCAUAAACUACAAGCCUUCCCCACUGCAAGUAAAGAUCGAGAAGCAGAGAGAACUGGCGAGGAAAGGCUCAGCGAAGAACAGUACGGCGGGCAGCCCUGUCAAUCAACAGCCCAAAAAAACCAACGUAAUGGCCAGAACACGGCUGGUGGUCCCUAAUAAAGGCUACUCGUCCUUAGACCAGAGCCCUGAUGAGAAACCCUUAGUUGCACUCGACACAGACAGUGAUGAUGACUUCGAUGUGUCCAGAUACUCUUCGUCCGGAUACUCCUCAGCUGAGCAAAUCAACCAAGACCUGAACAUCCAGCUCCUGAAGGACGGCUAUCGGCUGGACGAAAUCCCAGACGACGAGGAUCUAGACCUCAUUCCCCCCAAAUCAGUCAACCCCACCUGCAUGUGCUGCCAAGCGACCUCCUCUACAGCUUGUCGGAUCCAGUAAUCCCCUAUACUUCCCCUCUCCUCCCCUGAACCACUUUCCCAGACCCUCCUCUACUGUGAGUUUUCCUCACUUUGACGCUCAGAACAGAGUAACUAUUAAAUAAUUUAAACAGAGUCAUGAGAAUGGGUAUAAUUAAACUAAUAUAUAAGGAAAAAUGGGAUGUACACCAAAAAAAAGAUACUAACAGUGGUUCCUCCUAUGGUAGGACAUGUGAGUCUUUGUAUUGCCACUAGAGGGAGCUAGGCUUAGGUGUGCAUAUGUAUAGAAUGUGUUGAGGUGAAAAUGACUAUAUAACAAUUAGUAUGGGAAAGAAAAACUAAUUAUAUUUGAAAGAAUUUCACAUAAAUUACUAUUUUCCUCUAGGAUCUUCAGUCUGUCUCAGUUGCACCAUCUUUGUUCUGUUGUUGAUGUCUUGGUGCAUGGUAGUGUUCAGUUAUUGGUGUGGAAGGGUAAAAAGUAGCCUUUUGUUUCUGAAUGAAAGAGAACCACAGUGAGCAACAGAGUAUUGCCCUCUCACCUGCCUAAUGGGGAUUUGGAUCUGCUCCUUACACUCAUAUAAAAAUGCUAUCAGUACUUUGUACCAAAUGCUUUUAAAAGGUUUUAAUCUGGCAUGAGAUGUGUAUGCAUACAUUAAAUUAAGACACUUAUCUGCCAUUGAUUGCAUAGUAGAGCUUAACAGUACAGCACCUAUUGUGAGGAACUGAAAUCAACUAAACAUACAUAAGUGAUUCCUUCACUCUGUGAACUUUUACCAAGGCUCACUUAAUGUGUCAGAGUAACGUUUUGGGUGAAAAUGUAAUCCAUGCUAAUUGUUUGUAAUACGUUUUCUACUUGUGUGGUUACCGACAAACCAACAUCUGUUUACUACAUCAAUACAAUGAUCCAGAAUACAGAAUGAUCAAUGGAUGGUAUCUGCCAGACUGUCUCUAGGGUUUAUGGUCAUAUGUGCAGCUCUCCUAGUAUAUUAGCUUGUCUGUUCACAUAGUAAUAACUAGCAGAAUAUGAUGGAUGAGAGAUUUACCUUAUGAUUUCAAAAGCUGUCUUAGAAGAUAUUAUUAACACUGUGUCAAUUUUUAUUGUAUAAAGUGUCAUAUAAGCAUUAUAGAAGUUGAUGUGCAUCUCAUCUUUUUGUAACAUGAUUGACCUGUUACUGAAUUUGUUUUUAUUUUGCGAGUGCCAAAAGCAUGUUAUGAAAAAUUGAUAGCCAGAUACCUGUUUAGCACUCCUGUCCAUCUAGACCCCAGAGUUUUACUGAUUAAAGAGACAUACUGGGCUGUCUGAUCCCAGCCAACACUCCUGCAGUGCUACAAUAUGAGAGCUUGUCUCCUAUAUAGACAUUUUGGUGAAAUGUCGGUAUCCACAUGCAUUAAUCUCCUUUUAGCCAGUCUAGGAAAUAGCUUAACUGGUACAUUUUGGUCUAGACCAACACUUGUAUGAAAUGGAAAUUGAAAGAUCAUUAGAUCAGGACAAGAACAACCUGUAUCGGGAGAAGUUCCCCAAACAGUUCAGUAUAAGCACAUUUUCACGCAUCUCCUUUAAGGAUCCUAACAUUUUUGAAGAGGGCACUGAUGACUGCACAUCUACACACUAUUUUAACUUUGCCAUGUGACAAACAGUUUAAUAAGCAAACACACUUAUUUUGUCUGUCGUCACAAUACUCAUUAUUCCUGCUUUGAGCAUAAUGUACCAGCUUUUAUGUGGAAAGUGCCCCCUGAUCCUCCCCCACUGCCAUUCAUUAUUAGGCAUCAUUUGUAGAAUGCGCAUACCCGCAUACCACAAACACUCUGGAUUUGUUAAAUACGGUAUAUUACUUUAGGGGAAUAUGUUUGAGGAGAGUUUGGAAGUGCUUUAUGCCUAAGCCGAUCACUUUGAAGCUGCAAAACCCCUCCGGGUCGCUCACUUAGGGACCGCCCUUUUCACGUCCUCUUGAUCGUCUUUCUAAACGUGCGGGGACCUGUGUAGUUACCGAAUUAUCUGUCAUGUGUUAUGUAAACGUAGAGCCCAGUGCUCCCAACUCAACAGUUUUGCACAGCUUACUUAUCAGAAGGGAGACGGUUUUUAGCUGUAGUCAGGAUACAAGGGUGCACCUGUAAUCUUCACGCAUCAAGAUUAUGGCUUUGUAUCCCAUCUGCUUGUCUUGUGAUGUGGAGGUUGUGGUGUUUGUUUAUUUAUUUGCUGGUUUGUUUGUUUUUUUCUUUACCUGUUAAAAUGAUCCAUGCAGCAGCUUCUGCCCUCAUUCCAGACAGUGUUAAGGGAUAGCUGAAAGCUGUUUCCUCUCCUGGUACAGACUGACCAUGGGAAAGAGGACUACAGAGUUUCUGUUUCCUUACAACGGUUCAUGCUGGAGCUGAUUGGAGUGAAAAUGAACAGCUUCUCUUUGGCUUUUGUGUGAACCGUGACCCAUUCGCUCUCUCCUCUCUCAGCUUAUGCCUUAAGUCAAGCUCUGCAAUACAUCUUAUUAUUUAUUACAAGGUGAUUGUUUAAAUUUAUUUGAACAAAUGGUUUGCAUUUUUAACAUAGAUACAUGUCUGUCUGUGUUUUGUUUCCCCUGCUAAGUAUCAUAUGACUAUAACGAUUUUCCAUGCCAGUAUUUAAUGAUGUUAUUGUUGUAGUGUAGCAUAUGAAUAAAUACACCUGCCACAUUCUGUUGUGAUCCUCGUCAAGAGUGCAUGCGACUAAAUGUCUGUGUCUGAGUAAAAUGUGUGUUGCUGUCUUA